AAUGCAUCUACUCAAGCUACAAAAUCUCCAGACGGUGUUAAUAGAAGUGAACAUUUUGCUCCUCAGUCAGGUGACACACAGACUUUUGCACAGAAGCUUCAGCUCCGGGUGCCUUCAGUGGAGUCUCUGUUUAGAAGUCCAAUAAAGGAAUCUCUGUUCCGAUCUUCUAAAGAGUCUUUGGUACGAACAUCUUCCAGAGAGUCCCUGAAUCAACUUGACCUGGAUUGUUCUGCUGCCACCUUUGACCCACCUUCUGAUAUGGAGAGUGAGGCUGAAGAUGCCACGGGGAAUUCAGACAGUCUUAACAGAGAACAGUUGAUUCAACGAUUGCGAAGAAUGGAGCGAAGCUUAAGUAGCUACAGAGGAAAAUAUUCUGAG